AUGGAGGAACUGAGCAGCGUGGGCGAGCAGGUCUUCGCCGCCGAGUGCAUCCUGAGCAAGCGGCUCCGCAAGGGCAAGCUGGAGUACCUGGUCAAGUGGCGCGGCUGGUCCUCCAAACACAACAGCUGGGAGCCAGAGGAAAAUAUCCUGGACCCAAGGCUGCUCCUGGCCUUCCAGAAGAAGGAACACGAGAAGGAGGUGCAGAACCGGAAGAGAGGCAAGCGGCCCAGGGGCCGGCCGAGGAAGCACACGGUGAUGUCCUGUAGCCGCCACUCCAAGCUCAAGGAACCCGACGCACCCUCCAAAUCCAGCAGCUCCUCUUCUUCCUCCACGUCUUCCUCUACCUCCUCUGAUGAAGAGGACGACAGUGACUUAGACGCCAAGCGGGGUCCCCGGGGCCGCGAGACCCACCCGGUGCCUCAGAAGAAGGCCCAGAUCUUGGUGGCCAAACCCGAAUUGAAGGACCCCAUCCGGAAGAAACGAGGCCGCAAGCCCCUGCCCCCGGAGCAGAAGGCAGCCCGGAGACCCGUGAGCCUGGCCAAGGUGCUGAAGACCGCCCGGAAGGACCUGGGGGCGCCAGCCAGCAAGCUGCCCCCUCCGCUUAGCGCCCCCGUGGCAGGCCUGGCCGCUCUGAAGGCCCACGCCAAGGAGGCCUGCAGUGGCCCCAGUGCCAUGGCCACCCCGGAGAACCUGGCCAGCCUGAUGAAGGGCAUGGCUGGCAGCCCCAGCCGGGGCGGCAUCAGCUGGCAGAGCUCCAUCGUGCACUACAUGAACCGAAUGAGCCAGAGCCAGGCCCAGGCCGCCAGCAGACUGGCCCUCAAGGCCCAGACCGCCGGCAAGUGCGGCCUCGGGCUGGACCUCAAGGUGAGGACGCAGAAGGGGGAGCUGGGGAUCAGCUCCCCAGGAAGCAAAGUCCCAAAGGCCCCCAGCAGUGGGGCUAUGGAGCAGAAAGGGGGGGGUACAGGGGGGCCCCCCUAUGUCCACAGUAGCAGCAAGGGCCCUGCUGGGUGCCUGGGCCCCCAGCCUGCACCCACCCAGGAGCUGAGCCUCCAGGUCUUGGACUUACAGAGUGUCAAGAACGGCACAGCGGGGGUGGGCAUGGUUGCCCGCCAUGCCACGGCCAGCAAGGGCGUCCCUGCUACCUGCCCAGCUGUGGGGAAGAGCGCCGGGGGCGGCCCCGCGGGGGGGAGUGGGGCCACCAUGCCCUCCGACAGCAGCAAGAGCGAGAAGCUGCCUUCCAGGGUGGUGGCUCUGCCCUCCUCUGCGGGCAGGAGGGACUGUGUCAGGGGCAGCGCGGCCGCCAGCGGUCAGGAGGGCCACACGGCCCCCGGGGAAGCACGCAAGACAGCCUUGCCCGGAGAGCUGAGCGCCGGGGAGGAGAGCAGCUCCGACUCAGAGCCCGGCUCGGCCUCACCGCCCGGCACCGCACAAAACCCGUCUGUGUCUGUCCAGACCAGCCAGGACUGGAAGCCCACCCGCAGCCUCAUUGAGCACGUCUUUGUCACCGAUGUCACUGCCAACCUCAUCACGGUCACGGUGAAGGAGUCCCCCACCAGCGUGGGCUUCUUCAACCUGAGACAUUACUGA